AACAACAAAAAGCACAGCUCUCCACCACUACCACUACUACUACUACUACUACUACUAGCUGUAAAUGACCACCAGUCAAAGGAGGUGGCCCAUUAUGUGCCGUCGUUCUGUCGUAUUAUUAUUAUACGUGAAGAAAGCUGUGCUGUGGGUGAGACGGAGAGAGUCAGGAGACGAGGAAGACGGCGGUGGUGUUAUGAAGUUGGAGUGAUUUUACCGUAAGAUUCUACGCCAGGACAACAAACAAACAAACACACACUUGAUGAGUUGAAGGAGCGAAAGAACGAGAGGAGGUUUGAUGCCUUAGUAAUGUUGAAGUGGACAAACACAAUUGAAUGGUCAAAAUCCCUUUCCCCUAAAAAGGGUUCAGUAAUCGUGAUGAAGGGAAAGGUGAAAAAAUCAUCCCCAAGACGAGAAAAUGGAACUCCCAGCAAACCAUCUCUAAAGACCACACCAGCUCCUGUUGCAGGAAAACCCACUUCUUUGCCACAAAACCAAAUGUUAACAGAUCCAAACAGAAAUCAGACCCCUGAAAGUAAAGCUGAAUAUACUUCAGCAUCAAACAAGGGCCAAACAACAAACCAGUCAAACAAACCCCAACCCAUUCAAACUGGCCUGGUAAAAGACCCUGAAACUGGUCCCAGAGGAAAUUUGAAUGGCUCUUCCACCCCACUGCCUGAUAACCAUUUAUAUCAACGGAGCCAGGGAAGCCCUACAAAUAUUUCACCUCAGAUCUCCUUACCUGAUGAUGUUCCAAAAAAUAUUCCUCAAUCACAAAGCCCUCAACCCAAUCCUGAUUUUUAUAAUCGUUCCCCGCAACAUAUGGCCACUCCUUCAUCACCACCCCCACGUCCAAGCUCUCCCCCCCACUCAAAACUGGUAUCACAAACUUUAACUAGGGAUGCUUAUCCAUCUCCAAAGCACCAAGCACCUUCCCAACCCUAUCCUUCUUCUUUGCAAACUCCACACAGUCACACCAACUCACCAUCUCCCAAACACACAAAUUUGAACACUACCUCACAUCAGCCUCAAUAUAGUCCACAUGCCUCUUCUGUACAUCAUGGUCAAAAGCCCGGCGGUUCCCCUCAACAAAAUCCUGUGCCUUAUCAGCAAUCUGACCAAUAUUACCCACAUGAAACUGAGAGGGAACCCACCUUUCAACAAGAACAAUAUGACCAUUGUAUGUAUGAGGAAGAAUACAACCAGCCUGAUAAUUAUUAUAACUCUCCACAGCAGUCACAUGGCCACAGGCGUCCUAGUUUACCAACUGACCACACUCAACUACAUGGUCGGCAAUCUCCACACUCGGCUCAGAAUUAUGGUACUCCAGGUUCAAACCAAGGAUCAGGAGGUUAUCCUCCAAGUGCCAAUGAUUUCUACCAAACAGAAAACCCCCAAAGAGAUUCAGACUUAGAUAACAGCCCCUAUACUCACCAAUCAAACAGGAAUGCUGCAAUGCAACAUUCUCCUGGGUCUCACAGAAGCAGGUCUCGAACUCGAAAAGGUUCCACAUCACCAAGGAAUGUAAACAAUGAAGAUUAUAUGCAAGAACACGAUGGAUAUGGUAGGGAUAUGCCACCAGUUGUUGACCAGAGAUAUCCUCCAGAAUAUUAUGACACUCCAAUGCAAGAACAAGAGUAUCCCUAUGCUUAUACUGAAGAUCUUCCCAUGUCACAGCCUUCUGCAAAUGUGACAAAUUCCCCAAGAGUACCUGGUACUGGGUCUCCUCUGUCCCAGAUUCCUUCUUCACCAGGCAGACACAUGCAGCAUUCUCCUACAAGUAACAUGCCUUCUUCAACAAAGGCACAGUAUACAGCAAACAAGUAUCAUCGCACACCUUCUCCUCACAUGGGUACACAGUCCAUUGGAACCGGCCAUUCCCCACACCAACAAAGAAUUAAUUCAAAUCAAAAUAUGAAAGGUCUUGACCAGAAAGCCACAAACUUCAAUGCUCAGGGUUACAGUGCCUAUUCUCCUACAAAAAUGGAGCAAUAUUCAACUGGUGAUUACAGCUCAUACCCUAUGCAAAAUGGCAAUAAUCAGUUUGAGGGUUACUCCCCUAAUGUGCCUCAAAUGGGCACUCAACACUUACAAGGUCACAACAAUGCCCAACCCCAACAAGGAAACCACAUGACAGCAUACUCCACCGAGUACAGCAACCAAGAACAAAGGCACAACUUCUGUCGUAAUAGCUACAGCUCUUCAAGUGCAAGAGCUGAACCGCAGGGACAAUACAACCCUGAGAAUGUAGACAACAGUUUCCAAGUGAAGACACCAUUGAAACAUGUUGACAGUAACACACCGACCAAAAGAGCACCAAGAUCACCGAAAACUCCUCUGGCGCUGCCUCUGGGGGUAAAACAGCCCCCCUCACCAUCUACAGUGGCAAGGGCCUUAAAAGUAGAUAUGAAGGAAAAGGCACCAACAGAAAACCAACAAUAUCCUCCCACAACCCAAACCAAAUCAAUGCUUCCGCCAAUUCCAAAGAAGGAAAUAUUUGUUACAUUUCCUGAUAAACAGAUGACAAAACAAUUUGUUGAUCCUAAUAUGGCGAUGAUGGACCUUCUCGUACAACUUGCUGCUAGCAAGAGGUUGAACCCGUCGGCUUAUGUGCUAGUAGCGAUAUCUGAACGUGACCGCGAACCCAUCGAUUACAAAGCUAACCAGCCGAUCGGUUUGGUGGAGAGUCACAGGGUGAAGUUGUUACCCAAGGAACAGAGUAAGACUCCACCUUACGCGGUAGGUACAGGCAACGACAAUAAGAUGGACAAACCUCUUCCGUUCGAGGAUAUAAACUUACCCCCUGGCAAAAUUUCUCCAGAUAAGGUCUAUGAGAUCUACCAGCCAGGACCUAAUCUUAUUUCACCUAACCAGAUGACGUAUCGACUGACCAUAAACUUGCCACAUGCUCAGAAAGUGGUGCGCAGGAUGAGCGCUAACCAUCCCUUGCACGAGUUGCACCAGAGCGUGUGUGAAGAGAAGAACCUCGACCCAAAUGUAUUUGUGUUGCAACGUCCAGACAAACCUGGAUCUGUGAUAAAUCUCAAAUAUACACUCCAAGAAUUAGGUCUUCAACAGCAUGAGCUCAAUCUUGUUCACAAAGCAUCAACUGAUCAUUACAUGUCUGUGCCAGAUCUGUCUGCAACCAGUUGGAUUGCAGACCCAACAAAGUCAAACCAAAGCCAGGGACCAUCAAAAAACUACAUCCACAUGCCACCCCCAAGAGAUUCUCAUAGAAAGAAAGGCUUCUUCUCUUUCUUAAGAAAAGACAAAAAGGACAAAUCACGCUCAUUAUCACCAACUUCUUUCAGCGAACUGGCUGAUACUAUCGAAAACUGGAUGACUUCCUUUUUUUCGGGAAACUCAGGUAAACAGCGGCCUUCCUCAAUGUUUUCGCCUGUCACAGAGAGCCUUGAAAAUUACAUGAAGAAGCCAAAGAAAUCUACCAAGAGCAAGCCUGCACCACCGCCACCAACAUCCACAGUGCCUGUUGGUGUUGCUAAUUCAGUUCAGAGCUAUGCAUCAAACACGUUACCACGGCCUGGCUCCAGCUCUUCCCAAGGUGAGACUUUCCAAAACACAGGCCACACUUUGGGUUACAGUAACCAGCCAGCUUAUGACUCAAGAUCCAGUUCGCAAUCGAGUGGUCGUAUUGAACCAGCUUCUGCAACUGGCAGCUAUAUCACUCCUCCUUCCCCUGAUGCACACCAGUUUUAUCCUUCUCCUCAGAGCCCACCCAAUGUAAAACAACAACAACCACAACUUCACUCUCAACCACCCCAUCUUCACACGCAGUCUGAAAUCAACAAGAUUGGAACUGAUUCUAUCACAUACAUGGAGAGCAACAAUGAUAAACACAUUACACAAAGAUCAUUGAAUGUUGCAGAAAUUCAUGAGGUACCACAAUCCAAGAGAAGUGUCCAGUUAAGCAAAACCUUAUCUGGUAUACAUAUACAAAAAACUGCAAAUGAUAUGUACGCUAGUCCUUAUAAAAAGCGUAAACCAGCUCCUCCACCACCACCAGGAGGACCUCAAGUUUCUCCCAGCAUUCAGAAUAUGCGCCGAAAAGUCUUUCCUAUACCCAGGCUGGAUUGUUCCUUAUACUCUGCACUGAGCACUUCCUUCAGAUCAUCCACUUCCUCACUGGACCCCAACUUUUAUUAUGAAAGCGAGUGCAAAACUCCAGUUAUUGCCAUCAAGACAGGCUCCUCAUUCAAAGAACACACAAUGUAUUCUGAUGUUCUAGAAUAUAACUUCAAAAAUGAUGAGAAGAAUCUUGAAGACCCUGACUUAAUUGCUGACACACCUGCACCCGAUGCAUGCACCUUAGUAGAUGGCACUGAUGGAAUGGCACACCCUGCAGACGCUUCCACCCUAGCUGCAACAGAUCUGUCUGAUAGUUUAGAAGAGCUGACUAAAAUACAGCGUCCGUGUUCCUUUGUUGCACCUCCUCCUCCCCUCACACCACCACCUUCUGAACCCCCAUCCAAUGUCCCAAGUCCCAUCACAGUAAUGGAGUAUGAUAAGGUUGACAAGAGUGUUGGCAUUGCUGAAGAUUCUCUGUCUUUGGCCGCUACUGAUGUUCCCCCUCCAGUCAAUGGGCACAACCGUAACCUCAGUAGAGAGAGCACCACCACCACCACCACCACCACCACCACCACGUCUUCCCUGGACCCUGGAGAAGACUUUGAUACUGCAUUCGAGGAGAGCAUAACCAGUGCCAAGGUUGUUAACACACACUCCGAAUAUUCCAAACAAACUCCUGAUAUGAAUGGGGCAGUUGUUACAGAAGUUGUAGCAGAGGAAUUGCAGUCAGACAUGGGACUCUUCGUUGAAUAUAGCAACAAUAUAACAGCUGAACAGGCAAAAAAUUUCCGACCGACAACACCUGUGCAUAAUUUAGGAAAUCCUGAUGGAAGUCAGUCACCAAGACCUCGCUUGACCACUGGAAAUGAACUUACUGAGGGAACAGCAAUAUAUCUUGGAAAACAUCGCAACUCAAUUGCGAGCGCCACAGAUGAUGACUUCAGUACAACGGACACUGUCACCUCUAAUAUAUCAAUGGGAGAAACGCUUUCACCGAAAUCUUUCAAGAAUGGGAAUCGGCGUAGGCAGAGUAUUUCGUCAGAAGGCAGCUUUACCACAGUUGGUAUGUCAGAAGAUUACAACAUAAAUGGCGUUCAUGACCAGUUGCCAAAUGGUGACACACUUAGUGAGGAAACGCGCAUGAUACCAGAAAUUGUAGAAACUGUUGAAACAGGGGCUCCAUAUGGCAUGGAAUCAUUUGUGCCCGAUAUGAAUCAUGUUGUUGAAAAUGAGGUGGAAACUCAUGAGGUCAAUGGAAUUGAAGAGGAAAUAGUCAUGUCGGUUUCUCAUGAUAAUGCUAGCCGGCCAGUGUUGGAAAGUAGUCCCUCGUUAGAACUAAGUAGGUCUUCAAGUGCUGCUGAAUUAGCACAGUACAUGAACAGUCCUAAAGAGGAACUGGUGUUGACAAAAGAGGAUCGGAAAUCUUUGGAUUAUCGUGGCUCCCCAAUGAUUGAGAAUCAGAGGAAACAGGAAGUGAAAGAAGAAAGCAAAAAGUUUUCCCCAUCAACUGAGAAGAGGUCUCCAAAGAUAAGGCUGGACGGGUACACUCUGUCAAUUGACUCCGAGUCAGAUACUAUUGACUCAGAAUCUACUCAAGAAGACAGCAUUCCAUUAGCUGCUCAAACAAAUCUGAAGAAGCAGAUUGAACGCUGGCAGAAGCAACUGCAAGAACACCUGAAUGAUAAUAGUGGUUUGUACACGGCACAAGAACAAGAGAAACUCAGAGAGAAGGUUGACCAAUGGAACAAACAAUUGAAAGAACUCAACGUAGCAGAUUCUUCUGGGUUUAGACUGCUUGAACAGAAAGUUAUGAAGCAACAGAUAGAACUUUGGCAAAGGAAGUUGUCUGCAAAAGAACGCCAAAGUGAUGGUGCAAAGAAAUACAAAGAACAAGAAAUCGAAUUUUUGAAGAAACAAGUUCAAGUUUGGAGACAAAAAAUUAAAGUCAUUGAGAAAAGUUCCAGCCUUUACACUAUAGAAGAGAGAGAGGUUCUUCAAGAACAGAUUGAUCUGUGGCAGAGCCAGCUUGAUAAAAAAGGUUCUGACACAGAUAGUAGCACCAAAGAACAGAAUCUUCUUCGGCACCAAAUUGAAGUGUGGAAGAAAAAUUUGAAGGAUAAGAAAUUUGCAGGACAUUCUUUCAGUGCCCAAGAACAAGAUAUCUUGAGAAGACAGCUGAUUGUUUGGCAGAAGCAACUUCAUUGGUACAAGGAUGGAGAUCCUUCUAGUCAGAGAGAGAUCUUGAAAGAACAAGUGAAUGUUUGGCACUCACAACUGCAGGAUGUCCAGAGCCACCAAGAUAAAGAUAGCAAAGUGGAGCAGGACAUCUUAGAACAACAAAUUGAAUUGUGGCAGAAUAAGAUGAAUGAAAAGAAUUCUGGAAGUGAAGACCUUGUGAUGAAACAAAUUGACAUCUGGAAGAAACAAACACGAGACAAUCAGAACUCUGAUAAUGAUUUCCUGGUGAUAGAACAGAAACUUCUUCAAAGAGAAAUUCAACUCUGGAAUAAAAAGCUGAAUGGCAUUGAUAUUGAAUCUGAGACUUUCUUGGCUGAAGAAAUGGAUGUUCUUUGUGAUAAAAUUGACCUCUAUCAGAAGAAGUUACAGAAAAGCAAUGAAACCAAUUCCACAGUGGAACCUAUUGAACAGGACCUUUUAAAGUUACAGGUUGAUCUUUGGCAGCAGAAGCUAACAGCCAUGCAAGAAAGGAAAGAAUCCUUACAGAAAUAUAAUGAAGAGCAACAAAAUAUUCUAAAGUUUCAGAUAGAAUUGUGGCAAGAUAAACUUGCUCACCAAAAUAUUGAUACUAACUUCAGAGGCACAGAGCUGAAAGGAUCAGAGUUGUUAGCUAAAGAGAUUGAUAUUUGGCAGCGGUGGCUUGAUGUGAAGAGAGAAAAGAAAGAGACGAGGAUAAAAUUCAAAUCACUUAAUGAAGAACUCCAGAAAGAUCAAAUCCGUCUGUGGCAAGACCAUCUUGACAUUAUCAAGAAUAACACAUUAGGGUACACUGAGGAAGAACGGGAGAUUUUGAUGCAGCAAAUUGAACUUUGGCAGAGGGGUCUUGUAGAGAACAAAGACAAGAAGAUAAUUCACCUUGCUGCAGAGCAGGACAUUUUAAAGAAGUAUAUUGAUUUGUGGUACACCAAAAUGAAACGAAACUCUGACACAUCUAUUGGAGAGGAGGAGUCUGAGGUGAGAGAACAGAUUUCUAUUUGGAAAAAACAACUAAAACUGUUUACUGUAGAAGAGACCCCCUUACCACAUUCUGUUCAGCAGGAUAUCCUAAACCAACAAAUUAUGGUCUGGCAGAAGAAACGAGAAAAGUGCCAGACAGAAAAAGACACUGAUGAGCUGGGGAAAAUUGAGAGUGAAAUUCUUCAGCAACAGAUAGAACUUUGGCAAAAUGACUUAUUAGAUUAUGAGAAGAGUCAAAAUCAAAAAGAAAAUGUUCCUCAGAAACAGAUAAAAUUGUUACAGAGAAAACUCUCUAAAACUGACAAAGAUGUCAACCCUGAAAUAACUGCUCAGGAAAACGCAAUCGUCAACCGUCAAAUUGACUUGUAUACAAAAAUGAGCAGCCUUGAUGAGGAUUACAAUGCUGAGUAUAUCACGGAUGAACAAGAGAUUCUGGAAAAACAGAUUGAUCUUGCACGUCUCAAGUUGUCUCAAACUGAUGGCAAUUCCUAUUAUUCAGAAACAGAGUAUGACCUUUUGCAGAAACAGGUGAAUCUGUGGCACCGCCAACUGAUUGCAAUCCAGCAUCGUUUGAAUAUUCGAAAGAAAUUAGCUGUACAGGAACAAAAUUUGCUGAAGGAACAAAUAUCUUUGUGGGAAGCCAAGUUGAAAACUCACCUUGGUCCUAGUUCUCACACUGAAGAACAGAAAGCUAUGCAAGAGCAGUUGGAAAUAUGGCAGCAACAACUUGAAGAUCACAAGACUUCUAUAUUAAACAAAGGUUCCAAUGUUAAAGAAGACCCUCUUGCAGACAAAAUGGCUCAGAUGCUAAAAAGCCAAGAGGAGAUAAUUCAAAGUUUCCAAGAGGGCUUGAAACACCUUCCAGAGAAUUUGAAGAAUCAAGUGAGAUCAUCACCAUCAUCUCCUCAGACAAAGGUGCGUUCAUCCAAAGGUAUAUUGCCCCCUCCUCCAGAACUUCCACAAAGACCAGUUUCACCCAAAGAGAUUAAACCCCAAAUAAAGCCUAUUACAAACUUUCCUCCUCCACCAGAGACAUUCAGUAACAAAUCACAGAAGCAGAAAGAAAACUCAAAAACCAAAAGUUCAAACAAUUCAGUUCCACCAGUUCCUCCGAAACCAGGGACCCCUCCACCAAAACUUCCAUUUACAGUGAAUCUGAAAAAAGUUGGACCACCAAAAGAGAAUUCUCCUCCAAUAAAAACAGAGGUGAAUUUCUUUCGAAAACAAAAUGAUACAGAAGUUAGUGGUGUUGUCCGAGCUGUUCCUGCUAUGGUUGUAUUGAAGCCACCCUCAGUAGCGCCAAAACCAAAACGGAAGUUACCAGAACCAGAACUCACACCUCGUGAGCAAUUAUUAAUGGAAAUCAAAAAUUCAAGCCGGAGUAAUCUGAAAGGGAACACUGUAUAUAAAGAUGGCAGUUAAUCUAAGGUGAAGUUAAAGGACACCAACUGGUCCAAAGAUAGCCAGUCUUGAAUAUCCAGAGUAUUAGAUAGAUGAAACAGCAUGUAGAAAUCACCAGAGGGCGCUGUUAUCAGACAAUUCUUUCACACAUAAACUUCUGAUUCUUCCUAUAUACUCCUAUAACAAUUCUCUUUCAGAUAUGGAAACUUAGAACCUGACCAAAGUUCCUCUGCCACCAUUGGCUUUAACUCAGUUAUGUAAAUACACCUGGAACAUCUAUCUACCUACCUACUUUCCUAGCUAUUUGCCUACCUGCCUAGCUAGCUAACUGCCUACCUUACCAAUUUACUUCCUCCCUGUCCUUGGCCACUUCUAAAUACUUAGCCUUGUGUUCUUUUAGAAGUGAUCGGUGAACUAAUCUUGAGAAAUAACAACAACACUUAAUGGCUCUGUAAGCAUGUUUAAUUGUUGUUUAAACAUUGAAUGAAAAUAGAUAAAAAGAAAUUUAAAAUACUAAAAAAAAAAAUAUCUUAAAAAUAAAUGGUUCGGAAUUACCAAAUUUUCUCUAAUCAGUUCCAAUUAUAGGAAGAUUCUAAAAUCUGUCCUCAUGACUGGGUCAUUACAGAAAUUGACCUAUGAGAGAAGAAUGGCACAGACAGACAGAGUGGACAAACAGCAAUAUAUUUAUGAAAUAAGGCUGUGGUCAGGAUCUAAAUACUGAAGAUUUUUGUUUAAUUAUUCUUGUGGGAACAUACACAGAAUAUUCAAGAGAAAAACAGUUCUAUUGUAGAGACUUCCAUGAAAAUCUAAUCUUUUUACUUGUGUCUUCGACAAAUGUAUUAGGGCAAAGGAGUAGCAGACUCUGUAAAACGAUAGAUUAAAAACUUGUAUUUAGUUAUGUAUGUUGUGAGUUCAAAACCUUAUCGGGGUCAGCUUUACCGAGUGAUCCUUUAAAGGGACAAUAAAAUAAAACAUCAGUCAAUUACUGAGGUCAACACAAUUGAUUUACAUUUCCCCCACCCUUGUUUCCCCUUGCCAAAAGAAAAAAACAAUUUUGCUGUUUUGCAAAAUUAGAAAUUGUAAUUUUCUAUUUUUUUUUUUUUUUUAUAAAUUAAAAUAUGGACUGUAAGACUGAACUGAAAUGAAAUAAAUUUAAUAAUAUGAUAUAAACAAAAAAAUAGAAGUACAAAAUACUACAGUGUAUGAGGUAAUUUUAAAAAAAUUCAACUAAUACCUGAAUAAUGUGUGUGUGUGUGUGUGUGUACAUAUAUACGAAGGGGUGGGGCUGAAAAGUUUCUGGCUUUGGGUAAAAGAAAAUACAGGAGGAUCAGUUAUGGUUUUAUUCAACAUAUUUCCCUCUCAGAGUCAGUGGUCCUUCAGUUUUUCUAAACCCUGUAAAAGAACUCCAAAUGUUAAGCCUCCAACUAGGACCUUUGUGAUACCCUUAAAGCCAGGAACUUUUCAACACUGCUUCAUAUAUAAAAAUGUAUGCAAACACACAUACACACACACAUAUUUCAUAUGCACCAGAAAUACACGUUAUUAUAAUAGUCAAAUCCUGACCACCUUAUACAAUUUUCUAAGGCAUUGCAUAACUUCUUUUACAUUGGCUGUCAUAAUUAUUACUAUUAAAUGCAUCGUUAAUGAUUUAUUUCCUCUAAUAUCUGUCUGGAAUCUUUCCAGCUGUCCAGAAUGCUGUGUACUCAGUCAAUUUGAUAUACAUACAUACAUACAUACCAUAACUAACACAUAUAUGCAUACACGGAUAUAUGCAUUGAUAUAUAUAUUUAUAACAAAAUAGGGUUGAGGUAUAACCUCCACCACGAAGAACAUUAUUGUUGUAAUAUUCAAGUUAAAUAAACAUCUGAAGUGACUGUGGAAUUAUUUCACAUUUACAUUGUUACUAUA